AUGCAGUCAGUUCCCCCUAUUCGGAAAUCAACGGUGAUACUAAUACCCUCUUCGAAUACAGUCGACUACCUCAUUGCCCCUCUACCAAAGUAUAAUCGCAGUUCUAGAGUUGGUGCUGGAAUCGCCAUAAUUGUUGUAUAUUAUGUUUUACUCACACUGGUGGUUAUUACAUAUCUUCGGCUGCUGUACAAUGUCAUUUGGAACCCGGGCUUCCUACAACGAGGCUCUUCAUAUCUUCCUGAUCAGCAGGAUGCCGAAGCGCCGAACCCUCAUCGCCGAGACAGUAAACGAAGGAGGAAAAGCCAUCGAAAGCGGGCAACAGCCGAGAAAGCCGACACAUCGGAUGAGGUAGACCUCGAAAGGGGCGUCGGCCACAACGCUGAAGGGAAAGCGUUCCCCCUGAAUGCAGAAGGGUUAGAAAACUUUUAUACGAAAGACGUCUUUAUCUGCCAGCCAGAUGGAAGGCCUAUAUAUUGUUCCACUUGUUGUCAGUACAAGACAGACAGAGCACACCAUUGCCGAGAAGUAGACCGGUGUGUUCGUAAGAUGGACCACUUCUGUCCUUGGGUAGGGGGCGUGGUCUCGGAAACCUCAUUUAAAUUCUUCAUUCAGUUUGUGUUUUACACAUUCAUCUUUUGCACAUUUGCCCUUAUUGUUUGUGCGAUCUUCACAGCUGAACUCCGACGAGAGAUGGGCGAUAUCAACCCUCACUGGGCUGUUAGUAUUGGAUUGAGUUGCCUUUUCGGAAUCUUCUCACUUGGAAUGACACUUAGCUCGGUACAACUUGCGAUGUAUAAUCUGACGACGAUCGAGAAUCUGAAUCGUCGGUCGGCAGUCUGGACCUUGGCUAUACGUGUGCCCAAGCAUAUGCUUUCCAAGCUGGACCCUGAGUCCCGAUGGGCCCCGACAUUUCGUACAAUAACUUAUCCUUUACCGCCGAUACCUCCAAGUACUGAGGCUACAGCAGAGCAUCAACAAUACCCACCCACAGGAGAACAGCAUGUGUUUGCGGUUCUUCAGACACUCCCAGGCGAAAACCCUUUUGACCUGGGUACUUCUUUCAAAAACCUCCAACAGGUUUUGGGGUAUUCUAUACUUGACUGGUUGCUUCCUCUCAAGCAAAGCCCAUGUGCGGACCACAGUAGUCUGGAAAGCGCUUUUGCGCUCGGGCCCGUGGUACAUAGACUAAAGGCUGAGGCUGGACUUGAGCAUCCCGUCGUUGCAGAUGGCAAGCCUACAGAUAGGUCAUCGAAGCGUAAACGGAGACGAAGCAGAGCUGAGCAGCACAGUUGA